GUAGAUAUACACACAGUAGCUGUUAGACUACUAAAAUAAAUAAAAUGUUACUAUUAAUGUAACUAUUUCAAAUGUGUGAUGCUAUAAUAAUAUACUAAGGGAUAUAAUUGUUUAAAAAAAACAUUACGAUUACAGCUUCAUAUGUACCCAAAUCAAGGCCAAACUUCGCUGCAAGGUCAAAUUAAUCUAAUCGAGCUCAAAUUUCAAUUGUAGAAUUUAGAAUUCCGACAGACCUUGCCGGACUGUCACACGGAGACGAAGUGAUUUUGUUGUUUAAAUCUGUAGGUACCCAGUUUCUAAUGUAUUCUUUAAACAAAAGUGGACAACGUGUAUUUGCGUUGCAAAUUCAUAAGCGUUAUCACUACGCAAAUGGAAAAUUUUCGACUUUUAAUAAGCCUAAGCCGUUUGAAUCAAUACCAGGCCUGGGGGCACUGCCAUUGAUAGGACCUCUGCAUCACUUUCUUCCGAUUAUAGGUACGAUUGGUCCAAAAACCAAUAUGUUUGAUGUACUGGGUAUUUUAGAAGGUAAAUUUGGACCUUUAGUAAAAGUAGAUGGCGUUUUCGCAAGGGGAACGAUGUUAUUUUUAUUUGAACCAGAUCAUUUCGAACAGGUGUACAGAGCUGAAGAAGCAAAUCCAUUGCGUCCAGGAUUUCAAGUCUUAGACUACUACAGGACGCAAUUACGCAAAUCGAGAUACGGGGGACUUCACGGUCUGAUAAACGCACAAGGUCCUGAAUGGCGGGAAUUUCGGACUAAAGUAAAUCCAGCAUUAUUGUUGCCUAAAUUAGUGAAGCUUUACGCACCCGGUAUCGAUGAAAUAGCACAAGAUUUUGUCCAAAGGUUAUCGCAAAUAACUCACGACGAUGCUUACAUAAAAGAUAAUUUUGAGUUAGAAUUGACAAAAUUUUCUCUUGAGGCCACCGCCCUGGUUGCUUUAGGAUCCAGACUAGGAUGUCUCAAGGACAGCUUGGACAGCGACCAUCCGGCGCGCCGUUUAAUGAAAAGUACGAGGGAUAUUUUUGAACUCACUUACAAAUUGGAAAUAAGGCCUAGUCCCUGGCGUUACAUCGCAACGCCAGCCUAUAAAAUGGUCAUCGAAGCGUAUGAUACGCAAUGGGAGAUAAGUAUGAUGUACAUUAACCACGCUCGGAAGAAAUUGGAGCAAAGAGGCUACGACAUACCUGAAGAGGAGAAAAGUGUGCUCGAAAAACUAAUAGCCAUUGAUGAGAAAGUCGCCGUCAUGAUGGCCAGUGAGAUGUUGCUUGCUGGAAUCGAUACUUUAAUUACAGGUCAGUUUUGUAACGACAAGUUUACUAUUCAAUUUAGCGAUGAAUCAAAAGGUGCAGGAUAAAUUACGUGAAGAAAUACGUACAUCAGAGUCGAACUAUAAAAGAUACUUCCGAGCCUGUCUGAAAGAGGCUUUGCGGCUACGUCAUGUAGUUCCUGCGAAUUUGAGAAGAACACAUAGAGACCACAUCGUUGGCGGCUAUUACAUACCUAAAGGGGUAAGAAAUGAAAUAAAAUAUAAUACCGAUAAGGAAUUGAAAAAAACCGAUGUCUCUACAAUAUUUAACCGAAAUGAUCUUUUUCUUUUUCUCCACCUUAUCCCACUAGGUGGGGUCGACAUAGCGAAUUUUUCUAUUUAAUUCUCUUAUAUCAGCCGUCAUUUCAACAUCCACUCCUCUCUCUCUCUCAUACGUUCUCCAUGUCUUCUUCGGUCAACCUCUUCCCCUUUUACUAUAAUGAUCUGAAAUGAUCAGGGCCAAAUUUGUUUUAACAAUCAAUUUAAGGUGACCUUCCUUUUAUAGAAUAAGCCAGGUUAUUAAAAUUAAUAAAUUAUUAGAUUUAAUUAUUUCUCAUGAAUAAUAAUAUUUUUCUCAUUAUUAUAAUGUGAGAAAAUUAUAGGUACUUUUUAAAUAGUGUCUAAUGUGUGGACGAUACUCGGCGUUAUUUAUUCAAACGAAGUUUAAGUUGAGGAAGUUUCCUUGAAGAUUAUGUACCUUAAGAUAUGUUUGUAAUAAUUGUUUUUUUUUUUAUUGUGCACAAAGGCAAAGCUAUCUAUGUUCAAUACAUGACAAAAACUCUUUUAUGUCUAUUUGCAUACUCAGUUUCUGCAAUCACCAGAUUCACUAUUUAUAAAGAUAUUAUCAUUAGUUCUUAAUUUAUUUUAACUUAAUAACGCUCAGAUUCAUGUCGCUUUUGACAUUAAUGAAUGCAUAGCAUAAUAAUAAGUAAAAAAUAUUGAAUAAAAUUUCGCAUGAGUCACCAUAUCGUUAUUUCUGGUUACAGAUAGACGUCAUAGCCCCAAACGAAUAUUUAUCAAGGUCAGAAAAGUUUUAUCCGCAGCCCGAAGAGUUCAUACCGGAAAGGUGGUUGGUCGAAAAAUCAGAUCCACUGUAUUACGGUAAUGCGCAUCCUCUUGUUACUCUACCAUUCGGUUUUGGCGUUCGAAGCUGUAUUGGGCGUCGGAUAGCAGAAUUAGAAAUAGAAUUACUUAUAAAAAGAUUAAUAGAGGAAUUUAAGGUCACUUGGAACGGUCCUCCUAUCAAAAUUGUCAAUAAACUGACAAAUACUUUUGUUAAGCCGUACAAUUUCACGUUUACAAGUGUUAAAUAACUUCAAGAAGUAAAUACGUAUUGUAAAAUUACUUACUUAAUGGUAUGCAGUUAUAUUUACAUGUUACACUUUUUUUAAACUAAUAAAUAUAUUUUUUAGAAAA